AUGAUAUUUGCAAUCAGAGGCCUCGUACGUCACUUCUGCAUAAAUAUUGACUCUAAAAACAAUGAUGGUUUAUUAGAACAAAAGACAGCAAUCGACCUUCUCAUAGGUUUCGUAUUUUCCACAAAGCAUUACCUUCGUGAAGAAGGAACCGAGUGUGAUGAUCUUAAACCUUUUAUUUCAAGUAUCAGUAUUGAUACACCAAAUUUUGUGCCACUAACUAAACAAGUAGCUAAAGUUAUCGAGAAAGAAAGAAAAGGAAAACAUAAUUUAGGAUCAAAAGCUUUUAAAUGGGUUAAAAGAAAAUUCAAAUCUAAGAAACAAAAACCUAAAAAUUACAAUUUGCCGUUAGCAAUCUCGCUUUAUCUUACUUCAUACGUUGAUAAACAAUUUAACAAUAAUAUCAUUGAUCAACCAACAGCUAACCUUUUAUAUAUUAAUUUGAACACACUUAUCGAUUGUUUAUCUGGAUUUGAAAGAAUUUUGAACACGCCAAUUCCCUUGGCUUAUGCAAUUCAUUUAUCACACACAGUUUGGAUUUAUUGUGUUAGCUUACCAUUUCAACUAGUUUCUACAAUGCAUUAUGUUACUAUUCCUGUAGUGUUAAUUGUAUCCUUUAUUUUAUUUGGUAUUGAAAAAAUCGGUGAAGAAAUCGAGGAUCCGUUUGGUUAUGAUGAUAAUGAUUUGAACUUGGAUCACAUUUGCAACGUUAUUAAAGAAGAAAUCCAAGAGAAUAAAAUUAGAAAAAGGGUAGAAAAUCAACUAUUUGAUAGAGUUAUGGCUUCUAAAGCUAUUUUGCAACCUUCUGGUAGCAGUACUUUUGAUAGGACAUUAUAUGAAAUGGAAACUCGUAUUCGCUAA